AUGGCAUCAGGCUACGAUCGUGCGCUCUCAGUCUUCAGUCCGGACGGCCACGUCUUCCAGGUCGAGUAUGCCCUCGAAGCGGUCAAGCGAGGAACAUGCGCAGUUGGUGUGAAGGGCGCGGACAUUGUAGUGCUUGGGUGUGAGAAGAGGUCGGCGAUGAAGCUCCAGGACACGCGCAUUACCCCCUCCAAGAUCUGUCUCGUAGACAACCACGUCGCCCUCGCCUUUGCAGGACUCAACGCCGACGCCCGCAUCCUAGUGGACAAGGCCCGCCUGGAGGCACAAUCACAUCGUCUGACGGUGGAGGAUCCCGUGUCGAUAGAGUACAUCACCAAGUACGUUGCCGGCGUGCAGCAGCGGUACACACAGAGCGGUGGUGUCAGGCCGUUUGGCAUCAGCACACUGAUCGUCGGCUUUGACCCCAACGACAAGACCCCGCGCCUGUACCAGACGGAGCCGUCCGGGAUCUACUCUGCAUGGAAAGCGAAUGCCAUUGGACGAUCCAGCAAGACCGUGCGCGAGUUCCUGGAGCGCAACCACAAGGAGGGCAUGGACCGCGAAGAGACGAUCAAGCUCACGAUCAAGUCGCUGCUGGAGGUGGUGCAGACGGGCGCGAAGAACAUUGAGAUAGCGAUAUCGGCACCGGGCAAGGCGCUGGAGAUGCUGCCGGUGGAGGAGAUUGAAAAGUACGUGGAGAACAUCAACACGGAGAAGCAGGAGGAGGCGGCCAGCAGGAGACCGGGACGGCCAGCGGGCAGCGGAGCGCUUCCCACGCGCCCUACGCCGGCGGAGGGUUCUGGCUCGGGCGCGUAG